GCUCCUCGUUCCUCACCACACUGUUUUACACAACCAAUUUACAAACGUUAGAACAAAAAUUCGACAAUAAUAGUGUACUUUACAGGCAUUACUCAUGCCUAGCCGCUAUAUAAAAAUAAAAAAAACACAAGAAAGUGCAGUGAAACAGGAAAUUUAAAUUUUGAAGUUUGUGUGUUUCAAUACAGGAUCAGAAACAGUGCUAUUCCCAUUAAUAUACAAUCGAGCGUUGGUUUAUAUGUGCCAAUAUUUCUGCUGAAGACACGGUGCUCCGAGUGUGUCUGCGCUGCGGACGAGCGGGGCGCGUGUGCGCGCGCGCAGCGUCAGUCGGCACACCGCCCGGGCGGGCGCCACACGACCGGACUCUGCGCUAGCGAAAGGCGACGCGAUCAAUAUAAUUUCAGUGAAAUAUACCGCGGAUACGCCAACGAACGUAUUGGAAUCGCCAGCGCACGAUCUGUGAAACAAAUACGAGCAAAGUGAACGAGUACCGAGUGCAGACCACGACGACGGCCGGCGCACAACGAGCGAGCGAUUAGAGUUCCGAGAACUCUCCGAAAACGAAUCGAGUCUGGCGCCGAAGAAGCUUUGCUUCUUUGCCCCUCGAAAUAUUGUUAAUAAUCGCUCUGUGACUGUCAGGCAACAACCAAACCUGCACCGCUCUUUAUAAGUCGUAUUAAGAAAAACGAAAAAAAAAACUCGAAAAAGUCGUCCAGAAAUCCCUCUAUCAGUGGCCACGACAGAUGGGGUUUCUUUGUUUUAAGAUUUAUAUAUGCAUAUAUAAAUUGGAGUAUUGAUCUCUAAUUUAACGUCACAAUCAUUUUAAUUGUGAUUAACUUUUUUAUUUUAAUAUAAUAGCUUCUAUAUAGCGCACGCUUUAGAACGUGAAUGUUGCCCGCUUUAAACACUUUAACAUUUUACACCUAUAUUGUAAAUAUAAAUGAAAGUAUUUAAAAAAAAAACAUAUUAAUAUUAUUUAAACGUAACUGUUAUACUAGUCAUUCAUCUAGUGUGUAUUUAUUUUAUUAAAUAAUCAUAUAAUUUAUAGAAUAAAUAAAAUUAUUUUAAAAGAGCUUCGUAGAAAAGUAUCAUUGUAAAUUACUAAAAAUUAACUGAACGCGUAUCAACCAAAGAAAAAGUGAAAGCGUUAAAGAACGCAUCGCGCGUACGUCAUCUGUCAAAAAAGGCGCGAAGUUAUAAAGGCGGAAACUGUCGACGAUUUAAAAAGUUAGACGAUAGAGUCGGUGAAAAUGCAAGCCCAAAUGGGAGAGCUGCAGCGCAGUUACAGGAUGCAGGACUUUACGUCGCCCGGCGUCAUCAUGCGGGAGCGCAGUUUCAUACGCCCCCAGUCCCAUCACAAUAUGCAUCACAACCAGUUUCCGAACAAUGGGAAACGGCGCAGCAUGAUCCUGACCAAUGCAAAGGGGAAGCCUACUCUUGAAAUCUACAGACCCCCCGGCGUCCGCACAGACGGCGUGGCUGCGACUGUAGCUGGUACGACGGCGGGUACAACGCCUGGCACCACGGCCGGUACGACCAGCUCUGGUACGACAGGCACUACUACCACGCCCACCAACAAGCUGAAUGUCCACGCUAAGGAGUUCACUAUGGCCAAGCCUGUUGACCUGCAUAAUAGGUCAGCGAUGAGUGUGGGCUACGCGGGUGUGGGCGUGGGGCUGCAGCAUUCGCGGUCAGCGGUGUUGCAUGCACAAGUACCGCCGCACUACCGCCCCGUGCUGCCGCCACAUGCACUGCUCAACACCACUUCCAGCGGCAAUGUGCCUCAUGCCACGGUGGGUCCUCGCGUGCACUUCAAGUUGCAACCGCAGCAGCUUGAUAAGAAGAAGUCUCCGCCGUCGUCGCUAAGCAACGGUAACGGCAAGAGCGUGCGCCCGCAGUCGUUCACUCCGGGACUCAAGCGCUCCAAGUCCCUCACCUCGGCAGACACGCUCGCCAGCGGCAUGGCGGCGCUCGGCCUGGCUGCUGACGCCGGGGACCUCGGCACCUUCCCCCCUGAUAUACAGGAGUGCAUCGACAAAGCACUCGAUGAUCCGAACUCAGUGGCGGCGCGCACUCUGAUGGAGGCGGUGGGUCACCUGGUGUCGCGCGCGGUGGAGUCUCCGCGGUACGCGCUGCCCGCCGCGCGCCGCUGCAUCGCCGUCGUAGAGCGCGAGCACACGGAGACCUUCCUCGAGUCGCUCCUCAACACCUGCCAGCAGUGCUACCACGAUCGUGAAAAGCUGCUGGGCGCGGUGGUGGGGGGCGGGCGGCCGCGUCUGAUGGCGUUCCUCUCCUUCCUGCUGGAGAUGUACUGCCAGCUGCGCCGGCGCGCCAUACACAGGCGCGGCGCCAGCGCACAGCCCGGACAGGUGCUGCUCACCCUCAUCUGCAAGUGCUGCGAGGACUGCAUCCGUCAGCCCGUGCCCUCGCCCAGCGAUACGGAAAACCUGUUCUUUGUGCUGACGUACAUCGGCAGGGACCUGGAGUCCCAGCUGCCGGGUGACCUGGAGCGGCUGCUCACUGCUGUACGCGACGCCUUCCUCAACACUGCCGCCGCGCCCUGCAUCCGCCGCACCCUGCUGCAGCUCAUCGAGCUGCACGCCUCGCGCUGGCAGCUGCCCGGCUGCGCCGUCCUCUACUACUACCCUUCCUCCAAGUAGACUCUCCAUACAACGGGCCUCAUGAUAAGCCCCCUUAUGGUAAGCCCCUCGUGAUAAGCCCCCUCUUGGCAAGCUCCCCUUGGUAUCCUUUACCACGUCCCUCUCCGGUCAUCUGCAACUUAUAAGGUUGCAGAUUUCUAUGGCGUAUGGUGAUCACUUGUGUAUAUUUUCACAUAACCACAUUUUCCUUAGCCAUGUAACUUAAAAAAAUUAAGAAUAUCCAAAAUUUUAGUAUCAACCAUAAUAUUCUAUUUUGAUAUAAUGUAUUUGACAUUUGAGUUUGUAAAAUUAGGUCAUGUACAAUAUAAUUGUUACAUAUAAAUGUUGUAUGAAAUACAUAUAUAACUGUUAGCACUUAUAAAUUAUGUAGAGUAAUAAUAGGCGUAAAUGUUAAAUCAAAAAUAAA